GAGGCAAUAACAUGCUGCUCAUCACUUGCUUGGGUGGAUGGCCGAUCGAUCCGCAGUGGCUCUUCUCAUCGAGCUUGUCGCCCCGAGCGGAAGUGACGGUGCGGGUUGCCCUGGGUCGCGGCCGCCCUGUCGGAUGGACCGAGGUGCUGGGUGAGCCCGAUACUGCGCAGCGACUCCGGCCGGGGGCACCGAGGCUGCAGGGAGGGGCGCUGAGCGGCAGUCGGCCCGAAGGGAGGACGCCCGUCUCCCGCACCAGUCCCGGCGGCCCCGCAUCUGUCCCCAUCCCUUCUACCGACCCCUCCCCCCGGUCCCUUCUACCGACCCCUCCCCCCGGUCCCUUCUACCGAUCCCUCCCCCCGGUCCCUUCUACCGACCCUCCCUCCCUCCCCCCCCCGUCCCCUCUACCGACCCUUCCCCCCCCGUCCCCUCUACCGACCCUUCCCCCCCCGUCCCCUCUACCGACCCUUCCCCCCCCCGUCCCCUCUACCGACCCUUCCCCCCCCCGUCCCCUCUACCGACCCUUCCCCCCCCCGUCCCCUCUACCGACCCUUCCCCCCCCGUCCCCUCUACCGACCGCCCCCAUCCCCUGUACCAAGCCCACCGCUGUCCUCUCUACCUAACCCUCCCGUCCCCCCCUACCAGAAUCCCCCCUCCUCCCCCCACCCCCGUCUCCUCCACCAAACCCCCGUCCCUGGGGCAUUCUUACACACACACACACACACACACACACGCAACCCCCCAACAAACAAACACACACACACACACACACACACACACACACACACGCUUCUGUGUCGCCCACCACCCUCCAGGACUCAACAAGGGUGAUCGUCUCAUCACCGGGUCGGAGAACGAAGCAUACAGUUUAGGGUGUAAGACCAAACGUGGGGCAGCUGUGAGUUGAAGAGUUGAUCGUUUUAUCGGUGGAAAGAACAUGGAUCCCCUAGGAGCCCGCUCUCCCAUUGUGGACAUUCAGACUCUACCCUGCUGGGCCAGUAGUCCAGAUAAACUUGACACUGAAUCGGAUGGACUCAAUAAUGAAGUGCACGCAGACUGUUCUAUCUCUUCCCCUUUCCCUUAUAGGAAAGAUAUUAACAACAAAGUAAUUCUUUGGAAAGGGGAUGUAGUCUUGCUGAGCUGCACAGCCAUUGUGAACACGACUAAUGAAUCACUAUUUGACAAGAAUCCUAUAAGUGAAAGUAUCCAUUUGCAAGCAGGACCUGAACUCAGGGACGAGUUACAGAAAUUGAAAGGUUGCCGCACAGGGGAGGCGAAAAUGACCAAAGGGUUUAAUUUGGCUGCAAGGUUUAUUAUCCAUACUGUAGGGCCACGAUAUAAUGCUAAAUACAGAACAGCUGCUGAGAGUUCCUUGUACAGCUGCUACAGAAGUGUACUUCUAUUAGCCAGGGAGCAUUCAAUGUCUUCAUUGGGAUUGUGUGUCAUCAAUACAGCAAAAAGGGGCUACCCGCUGGAGGAUGCUACCAAUAUUGCUCUGAGAACAGUUAGACGAUUGGAGAAACAUGGAGACACCAUUGAGACAGUUGUCUUUGCAGUAACAGAUCUAGAAGAGGCUACAUAUUUGAAAUUGAUGCCUCUUUAUUUCCACGGUGCCUUGGAGGAAGAAAGGAGGUGUUUGCCAAUUCUUCCUGCUGAUGUCGGGAAUGAUGAAGGAGAGCCAGUCAUUGCAGAACGCCAGAUUCGAAUAUUGGACAAACCAGGGAUACUGCAUUCUGAAUCUGAAUCUGAUGAGGAACAUCUUGAGCUAGAGGACAUUGGGACACAUGCAUUUGCUAAGAUGGAAGGAGAUAUAGAUAAACAGAGACGGCUGAUUCUCCAAGGGCAGAUGUCAGAUGCAGCUGUUCAAAAAGCACAUCAGAGGAACUACAACCGUUGGUUGUGCAGAGCUAGAGCAGCUGAUCUCUCUGAUGUUGCUUCAUUAAAAGCUUUAUACCAGACUGGAUAUGAUAAAAGUGGCCAUAUUGUUGUAGUAAUAGUAGGAAGAAAUAUUCCCGUAACACUAAUAGAUCCUGAUAAGGCUCUCCUGUAUUUUAUUCACAUUAUGGACCACAUUGCUAUAAGGGAGUUCGUUAUGGUGUACUUUCAUACUCUGACCAGUGACCACAAUCAUCCUGACUCAGAAUUCCUCAAGAAGUUAUACGACAUAGUCGAUGUAAAGUACAAAAAAAAUAUGAAGGCAUUUUACUUUGUACAUCCAACAUUUCGGUCCAAGAUGAUGACCUGGAUGUUCACAACAUUUUCUGUCUCGGGAUUAAAGGACAAAGUGCACUAUAUUGAGAACCUCCCUCAGUUGUUUGCUCUUAUUUCUCCAGAGCAGAUUGACAUUCCUCCUUUUGUGCUGGAAUAUGAUGCUAGGGUUAAUGGACCUUAUCAGUAUUCAUGCCCUUCCUCUCCUGACCUCUGAAGAAUUAGCAUGUCUUUCUAUGUACGGCUGCACAUGAGAAACUGAAUGUUCUGAAUGAAUAGUAUAUGUUUAUAGUAAUGGAGCUUUUAUUUCCUCAGAUUUUUUAAAAUGUUUUGGAGCAGCAAUCAAAUAAUUGUAUUUGUCACAAAUUGCAAAGGGACAGCAACCUUUAUUUUUGAGAUUCAAGCUUUUACAAUGUGUUUCUAGUUAAUUUAAAAUUGAUUUUUAAGGUCAUUUAUUUCAAAUCCUAAUAGCUCCUGGAUUACUGGUUAUUAAUGUACUGCCUAAAGUUAUAACUAACUUCCAUUCAAAAUUGUGGAAAUUGCUGGAGGUGGAAUGGGAGAGGAUUAACUAUAAUGUAAAGGUUUCUUCCUAACAUAAACAUGAUGGAAUAUAAAGUGUUUCAGUUCCUGACAUCAGAAAUUGCAUAGUAACAAUCACCUGUGGUACUGAGAACAUUUAUCUUUGAGUAUAGCCUGUUAAUAUUUUCACAGUUCAUUUGGGAUGUAAAUUUUUUUAGGUUUGUUUUUAACAAUGGUACAUUGUGUGCCAAUAUUUGUUGUUAAUCAUCUGCUGCUAAAUGGAGGGUCAGCAUUUAUCCAGCAAUUCAGAUUCAAUGCAGUAGAGCAAACCUACACAUUCUACUCUUCAUGGGUGACCAGCUAACAUGUAUUGCAAUUAAUGUGUCUUAUUCCAAAGGCAUUUAUUGAGGUUUAGGAAAUAUACUUUUGCAUUGCAUGAGGUAAACGUGACACAAGACUUCAAUCGAAGGGUACUUGAGAUAGGGAGUCAUAGGUUGAUUAUGUUACAAAAGUUGACUCAUUAAAGCAGGAAAGUCUCAUUUUACUGCAGUUGUUCUUCCACAAAUAAUUGAUCCAUUGUGCAGUGGUUUAUUUCAAGGGUUACUGUCACAGGGCUUUUUAUUAUCUUGUUAUGGAUCAGGUUUCCAGUUGGAUUCCUAAUGAAAAUUGUAUUACAUUUUUUAUUGCAGCAUAAAUUAUCAUUAGCACUCAUAAUUAGUAUUAUUGUAUUGCUUUGCUGAGAGUCUUUCAAGGUAAUUGUAUUUAUUGUUCCAUUUAACAGCAACUGACUUAACAAAAAUCUAAGAUUACUGCUGCAGUGCAGCUACUGAACAGAACGUAUUAUGGUUUCCAUUUAAACACAAAACAGAAUUUCUUGUUCAUAUUAUAGAGUUUAAAACUUCAAUAGAAAUCAUAGAAUCAUAGAAAUGUACAACACAGAAACAGGCCCUUAAUGCCCACAUCGUCCGUGCUGGAUACGGUGCUUAUCUACGCAAAUCCUAUUUGUCCACAUUAGGCCUGUAUCCCUCUGUGCCCUUCCUAUCCAAAUACCUGGCAAGCACCUUGUAAAUGUUGCAAUCU